AUGGAUGCAGAUUCAAUGUCAUUAUACACUUCUUUGGUGGCGAACUCUUCUAAGUUACCCAUCUAUCACGAAGAAGCGGAUGCUGAAGCACCCAAACAUAUCACUAGUGCCAUAUUUUUCAACAGUGAACUCGAUAUUUUGGAAGCCUUCAAUACGGCCAUUAGUGAUGUGAAUGAUCUAGAUACAGAUUUCUAUUUAGAGCCAGUUACACAUUUUCUCAGUGAAGAUGACAGCAUUGUUUUACAGCAAUUCACCUGCGAUUUAUUGGAGAAUGGUGUUGCCGCCAUUUUUGGCCCAAGUUCAAAGACUACAAGUGAUAUUGUGGCCAUAUUGUGUAAUAUGACGGGGAUACCCCAUCUACAGUUCGACUGGUCUGGUGACGAAACCGAAAACAAUUUACGUAAAUAUCAUUAUACAGUCAAUGUGGCGCCAUCGGAGCAUGUGUUGUCUAAUGCCAUGUGGGAUAUUUUAAAGAGCAAAGAUUUUGAUUGGAAAUCAUUUACGAUCAUUUAUGAGAGCUCAACAAAUUUGGCUCGCAUGCAACAUUUAUUGGCCUGGAGACAAUUUCAUAAAACUGGCGUUAAAAUGCACAGGUUUAGACGUGGCGAAGAUUAUCGUGUUCUUUGGAAGAUCAUCAAUAAUUCACGUGAGAAAUUUGUGGUACUAGAUUGUCCGCAUGAUAUUCUAACGGAGGUGGUGAAUGCUUCAAAAUAUUUCAAUAUGACGGGACCGUUUAAUCAUUUAUUUUUAACCAACUUGGAUACCCAUUUGAGCGGGGUAGAUGGUUUGUAUUCUCAGGAUUUUUCAGCCCGUGUAGCUGCCAUACGUUUAAGAUCGUUUAUGCCUGCUCAAAUACAUAAUGAAGCGGAUGUUUUCGAAAAUGAGGAACAGGAUAAAAUCGUAUCAAUACGCACACAAUGUGUCUACGAUGCUGUGGUCAUGUAUUUCAAUGCUCUGAAACAAGUAUUUGAAGCCAUACACUUUCUAGAGCCGACAGUAAGAUGUGGUGGUGGUUUCUGGCAGCCAGGGCAAGAUAUUGUAAAACAAAUGCAACUGUUAAAUCCCAAACAUGUUAAACCUCCCUAUAAAACCCAAAGAUUACUGCUUAAUGAUUUCGGCAUACGUGAUGAUUUCAAUUUGGAAAUCUACAAUCCUUUAAUAGAACGUUUGACUCAUGUCUGGAAUAAACAUCAUGGUUUAGUGUCCUUUGAUAAAAUCAGUGAAAAUUCUACUAAAGAAGCUAAAAUAAGAAAAUUUGGUGCCAAAGAAGAUUUCUCCCUAAAGAAGGUUAAAUUUACCGUAGCCACACGCAUAGGAGAACCCUUCUUCAUGUGGCGCCCCGAACCGGAAGGUGUACAUUAUGAGGGCAAUGAAAGAUUUGAGGGUUUUGCAGUGGAUUUGAUUUAUAAAUUGGCUGAAGAAUGCAGAUUCGAUUUUAUCUUAGAGCCAGUGUCAGAUAAUGCAUAUGGAUCCAGGGAUCCCGUAACAGAUGAAUGGAAUGGUAUCAUAAGACAACUGAUAGAUAAUAAUGCCCAGCUAGGUAUUUGCGAUUUAACUAUAACCCAGGCCCGCCGCUCAGUGGUUGAUUUCACCGUACCCUUUAUGCAAUUGGGUGUUAGUAUUUUGUUUUAUAAACCCAAGCCUCCGGAGAAGAGUUUAUUUGCUUUCUUGCAUCCUUUUGCCGUGGAAGUUUGGUUCUAUUUAUUGGUGGCUUUGCUGGUAAUGUCAUUAUGUUUUAAGGUGCUGGGAAGAUUAACUCAAGAUGAUUGGGAAGUAACGGUGAUCAAUAAGGAAACAUCGAUGGCUGAGACUCCCUGGUUUCUGAGAAAUACUUUAUGGCUGCAUAUUGGUUCUAUUUUGUGUGUCGGUUGUGAUAUUUUGCCAAGAGGCCUUCCCAUGCGUAUCUUUACCGCUUUUUGGUGGAUUUUCGCUCUACUUAUGUCUCAAACAUAUAUCGCCAAGUUGGCUUCCUUCAUUACAGCCUCAAAGAUGGAGGGUUCCAUACAAAAUCUACACGAUCUAGUCGAUCAAAAUAAAAUACAAUUUGGCACCGUCAAAGGUGGCUCCACUUCACAAUUAUUCUCAGAGUCCAAUGAAACAGCCUAUCGUGUGGCUUGGAAUAAAAUGAUUGGCUUCAAGCCCGAAGCAUUUACGGCCAGUAACAAAGAGGGCAUGGAUCGAGUAAAGAGAAGUAAGGGUAGAUAUGCCUUUCUGGUGGAGACGCCAAUUUUGCAAUAUUACGAGCAAAGAAAUUGUGAGCUGAUGCAUAUAGGUCAACCGUUUGGGGAGAAACAUUAUGGCAUAGCGGUGCCUUUAAAUGCUCCCUUUAGAUCCAAUAUAAGUGUGGGUAUCUUAAAGCUAAGUGAAAAGGGUGUUUUGUACAGUUUGAAAAAUAAAUGGUUUAAUAGCAAUGAAACCCACUGUGAUAUGGAGGAAAAACCAGUUGUUGAAGAUAUACAAUUCAAUAUGGAGUCGGUGGGUGGUUUAUUUGUGGUGUUAAUUGGAGGCAUUAUUAUAGCCAUCAUAAUAGGCAUCUGUGAGUUCUUGUGGAAUGUGCAAAAAAUAGCUGUUAAAGAAAAGAUCCCCGCCAAAGUAGCUUUAAAAUCUGAAUUCCGUUUCUUUAUAAGGUUUUGGCUGCAACGCAAGCCCUUAAUGACUUAUCGUCGCAGAGGCUCAAAUUCCACUUGUCUGGGUUCUUCAGCCCAAUCGUCUAACAUAACUGCCACCCAGAUGAAGGAGAAACGUAAAAAGUCUAAGAGAAAAAGAAGUGAAAAGGAUUGUUAGUUAAGGCUUAUUUAGUUUAUUUUUAGUUGUGUGUGUAUCAAUAGAAAUUUAUGGUAAUUUAAGUUUUGUAA